AUGGACUCGCAAAGUGAACUUGCUAAUUUGGACUAUGACGUGCUGCGUAACGAAAGUGCACGAGUCAGCUUUGAAAUGAAAGCUACAAUGUUGAGUAGAUGGAGUACGGAAUACUUUUUAAUUCGGAUAUCGCAUUGCUGUGCAGCAGCAUUGUUGGUUCGUGCCGGAUACAAGCAGAAUGCAAGCAGUCGUAUCGUCCUGGGAAUCGAUGAUGUCAGAAACAUCCUGAAGAUUCCCCGUGAGAAUAUCUUGCUCCUGAUAAUCCGGUCUACCUUGCAUUGUGAGCAUUCCCAGGCGUCCCAAUUUGAGAUAUCCAGAAUGCAACGUUUAUUGCGAGAAAUCUUCGCAGAUGAAGCACGUCUUGGCAAUGGAUGCAGCGAAAACCACAAAAAUUUGACCAGCUUGGAAAUUCCGUUCCGUGCGGAUGGGUGUUAG